UUGAGGCCAAUCAAGAAACCUCCAAUUCAUACUGAAGCUCACGUCCUCACGCUCCACCAUGAAAGUCUCCACUGCCCUCCUGUGCCUGCUGCUCACCGUGGCCGCCUUCAGCGUCCAGGUGCUGGCUCAGCCAGAUUCAGUUUCCACCCCAAUCAUCUGCUGCUUUGGUGUCGUCAACAAGAAGGUCCACGUCCAGAAACUGAAGAGCUACACAAGAGUCACCAACACCCAGUGUCCCCAGGAAGCUGUGAUUUUCGUGACCAAACUGGGCAAGGAUAUCUGUGCUGACCCCAAGCAGAAAUGGGUCCAGAGUUCCAUGAAGCACCUGGACCAAAAGUCCCAAGCCUUGAAGCCUUGAACAUGAGCCUGAAGAAAACCUUAUUUAUUUUCCCUCAACCUCCCCCAGAUACAGAAUAAUAUUAUUUUCUUAUGAUGUACAAAAAGAGGCACUUUGGUUAGUAAUUUAAAGUUCAGUAUUUCUUAAGAGAUAUCUAAUUAUUUUUAAGUUAUAAAUGUUUUUACUUUAUCUGCCAUAAAACCUAAAGGAUGUAAAAUGCAAAACCUGGUGUUGUGUUUCCUUUCCUGUGAGCUCAGUUAAGUUCAUGGCUACAUGCCACUGUUUCCCCGUCUACCUGGCUGUAGCAUUGUGAAGUCUUUUCAUGGUUCAUCAGAAGUGAAACACUUCCAUAUUUAUAGGAAAUCGGUGCUUUUGUAAACGUGCGUUAUGUAGUGUUGUUGUUGUUGAAAUUAAUGUUAUUUGAUAA